AUGUUUGUGCAGCCCAAAAGAGAAAAAGAAAUCAAGCCCAGUCAGGAAAGACAGCAGCGAAACACGAGUCUACAACAGUUAGGGCCCAAAAAUAUACUGCCACUAGGCUACAAAUGUCCCAGAUGGCCCAUAUUCAGCCCGUAUUCCUUCUCACUGAAAACUCCGAGGUCUACACUAGAGCAGAGUCGUCGAGACUCGAGAGUUCGUCAAACUGGUGAGAGGCGAGACGACGAUGCCAUGGAAGCUCCGCAGAGCUCUCUUCGAUCAGCCCUUGUUUUCUCAUUCAUCGCAAUAGCUUAUCUCUCACUACUCGUCAGAUCGGCCACUCUUUCUUCUCCUGAGCUUCAGAUCCUUAACGCCGAACGCAGAAUUGACUUGACUUCUCACAUUAUCAGAGUGUACUUGACAUUGAAGGUUGAAAAUACUGGGGCAGCUCCUGCUUCAGAAAUCUUUCUUGCCUUCCCACCUGCACAAGUUGAUCAUUUAGCAAUUGUCAAAGCUGCUGCUACCUUUGGAAAGAAGAAAAAGAAAUCUUAUUUGCCUCUUGAUGUGAACCCAACUGACCUGCCUGAUGCGCCCAAUGGAGCUAAAUGCUUCUCCAUAUCUUUGGUCAGUCCAUUGAAGACUGGUGAAUCUGUCACUUUGGAAGUGCUAUAUAUAUUGUCACACUCGUUAGAACCUUUUCCAAUUGAGAUUAGCCAAUCAGAGUCUCAAUUGGUGUAUUACCAUGACAGCGCAAUAAUAUUGUCACCAUAUCAUAUUAAACAUCAGACAACAUUUAUUAAGACAUCUAGUCCCAAGGUGGAAUCCUUCACAAGAGUGGAACCCUCUGAUCGUGUGGGUACAGAACUGAAGUAUGGACCGUAUGAAGACCGUCAUUCCUAUUCUUUUUCUCCCAUAAUUGUCCAUUUUGAGAAUAAUAAUCCAUUUGCUGUUGUUGAGGAGCUUGUGCGUGAAGUCGAAAUAUCUCAUUGGGGCAGCCUUCAGGUAACGGAGCGUUACAAGUUGGUUCAUGCUGGUGCCCGACACAAAGGCGUGUUUUCAAGGCUUGAAUAUCAACAUAGGCCACAGUUUAGUGGUGUCUCUUCGUUCAAGCAUCUUCUUGCAACGCUACCCCCUAAGGUUCAUUCUGUCUACUAUCGAGAUGAAAUAGGGAACAUCUCAUCAUCACAUUUACGUACAAACUCUAAAAAGUCUGAGCUGGAAAUAGAGCCACGGUACCCUUUAUUUGGGGGAUGGAAAGCCACUUUUGUCAUUGGAUAUGGUCUACCCUUGCAAGACUUCCUUUUUGAGUCACCUGAUGGUAGGCGCUACCUGAACUUCAGUUUUGGAUGUCCUCUUGCGGAGACUGUGGUCGACAAGUUGACCAUCAAGGUGGUGCUGCCGGAGGGCUCGAAAAACCCAUCUGCUGUUGUUCCUUUUGCAGUGGACCAGCGUAUUGAGACCAGUUUCUCGUACCUUGAUGUUGUUGGAAGGACUGUGGUGGUUUUAGAAAAGGAAAAUGUAGUUCCUGAGCACAACUCUCCUUUCCAGGUUUACUACAACUUCAAUCCUAUUUUCAUGGUCGCAGAGCCAUUAAUGUUGGCAUCGGUGUUUUUCUUUUUUUUCAUUGCAUGUGUAACUUAUCUGCAUAUGGAUAUUUCGAUACGCAAGUGAGAGAGUUCAAAUCUCGGGGGUUUUCAAAGCUGUGCUGGCAAGUCAUUUCAGAUUAGCCUCUGUGACUGGAGCAUAUGAGAAGUAGCUACAACUUUUCAGUAGGUUGACGGUAAAAGACUUUCCCGGGUACUUUUAGGAUUAUGAAAUUUUCUAAGCGCAAACGGAUAGUAGUCAAAAAUAUGUUGUUUGUACAUUGUUUCCAUCAGUGAAUAUUUUAAUAGACCCCCCUGCAUUCAAAGGGAGAAUCAAAAUGUUGUGGAAUAUUCACAAUUAGCGCAAGUAUUUUAGAUGGGGAACACGCCCCAUUUCUACAAUUCUUACUCGCAAACAGCAGAAGAUUCAUCAGUGCCCGGUCUGGUAAAAAAGCUGAAAACUUUUAGUUCAAUUCUUGAAUUGGUUUUGCGAUAGUAGGAAAUAUUGGAGAUUCAUUAGAAGCAGCAAGUUGUCUCACCUUAGCCUACUGUGAACAUGAUCAUGGGGGCUUAUCUUGCUAUUAUUAUGUGGAAUUGUUUUCUGUUAUUCACCUGAAGAAAGG